AGUAUAGAGCUACUGGCCGAAAACUAGGAAGAAUUGCAAUUCCCUGUUUCGUUGGGAUUGCCGUCAGUUAAAAACCAAGGAAAAUGUUUCCCUCGGUGUAGAACUUGAUUGGCUGAGUCUCCGGUUACCACGGUGCACUGGUUGUCACUCAGUUUUCCAUUGAAUUGCGUUCAAUUGCAUUGUCAUUCCUCCGCGAUUUUCGGCAAGGAACCUCAAGAGAAAAAUCAUGGCAGCUGAUCCAUCUAAUAUUUUUGGCUUUGAAUUGCUCUACAAAUCUGUGGAGAAUCAAAUAAAUAAGAAAGAUGACGUAUUGAUAACUCUGGUGCACUGGUACUUUGUUAGAACUGGAUUUAGAUGCAUUGGCACUGGUGACACGAAAACGUUUAAUCCAAAUGAAGUAGGAUCUGAAUUGCUACCUAACGGCUGGAACCAGAAUCCCAAUUACGCUUUGCGUUAUGUCAAGGAAGGAAAACUGUACAUUUUACUAGGCACAAAGUCAGAUGCCGAUUUAAUCCUCAAUCUGAUGCGAAUCGAAGACCACAGUGUGUCCAACAUUCAGUUUUUGGUCGACACAACUGUGUCUGCCCUGAAAGGGCCACUACAGACAUUGAUGCCGAGUUUCCAAAGUGUCAUAAACACCAUCAGAACGGACCUGGUUGACCCCGUUUAUACAGGAAAUGCAAGAGAAACAUCGACUCAAACUUCGACAGGCAAUGUGAACAGUACGCGUGAUAUUCCACGCCGCCCAAAUCGCUCGGAUUACGAUCCUCUCAGGGUAGGACCGCCACAAAGACCAAACCCAGAUCUUCCUAAUUGGAAUCCAAUGGCUGACCCAAGAGGAGUUGGAAGAUCAGAUCUGGAUCCAUUCGCAGGACCUCCAGGCAGCGGAGGAAUGAUCUUUGACCCUUUCUCAUCCGGCCCAUUUGGCCGAAAUCCACUAGGACCCGGAGGUCCUGGAGGUUUGGGAAUUCCUGGCCGCCUUCCCCCAGGGGGAUGCGAAAUUUCCAAAACAGAUGUCAAUGCAAUACUUGAAUGGCUUCUGAAUACAAAAUCGGCGCUGUGCCGCCUGGGGCGCGUUUUGAUCCCUUCGGGCCACCGGACGUUAAUCUUCCGCGGCCCCCCAGGGGUGGACCCGACAAUGACCAUUUACCACCGCCAGGGUAUGACGACAUGUUCAUGUAAAAGACGAGGCUUCAAGAAUAUGGAACGAUAGCGGAAUUUUCGGUUACUAAAAUUCUGCGUAAAUGUAUAAGAGCCAUUUAAUGUGUAUCAAUUUUUUAUCUAAUAAAAAAAAUAACUGGUCAGUUGUCGCCUCGUAAUUUAUUUCUGUGGGAGAUCAGGGCAAAGCAGAGCACCCUGGGGAAAGUGCAGGAUCAUGGUUAUUCGAAUGCCAAGGAAUUUUUGUAUUUCUGUUUACUUAUAAUCAAGGGAAAUAUUCCAACUUCUAAACUGUCGACAAGAUGUUUUUUGAAUUUUGCAGGGAAAAGCAGAAAUUGUGCAAAAAAUGUAAGAAAUAUUUUCGACCUACGUUACUUUGCCCCGAUUUCCCGUAUGUACGCAUGUGGACAUUAAUUCAGAAACGGCUAGUUUUUCGGUAAGGUCAAUUACGUUGGUAACGCAAAUUCAGUCUGCAGUGCCACUGUCAGACUACCGCUACGGGCUGAAUCUGCGUUACCAACGUAAUCGACCUUACCGAAAAACUAGCAGUCUCUGAAUUAAUGUCCACAUGUGUACAUACAUGCAAUAAACAUCGUUUAAUCUUAAAUUCCCUUGAAGAGAAUUUUUCUCUAUCUUCACGUUGGUAAGAAAAAUAAAUUAAAACCCCGCGCAGAAAUUCUCGGAUUGAAUAAUUUCAACGUAAGUAAUGAAUUUCUUUUUAAAUAUAAUUUAAUCACUGUAUCAAUAUUUAAACAAUAAUAUAAGUAUUGUGUGAUACGUAGUAAUUAAGGGACAUUAUUUUAUCAAAUCAAAUUAAAUAUAAUAAAAUAUAAUAAUAAUUGUUGAUUUAAUUCAGCUAACUUGUUACUAACUUAUAUUCGCUAUUUCUUUCAAUCGUACCAAUCAGGUUUCUGGGAUGACUUGCAAAUAUUAAUUAAGGACAGAUUUUACUGUAGCUUUGCUAUACAUGACUUACUUGACUCAUUUCGUAACAUCAUUAGUGAGAAUUAAUUAUGAAUAAACAAUUUCUGUUAAACAUUGGUUAUUCUCAUGUCUCCGUUUUACAUACCGUUAUUAAUUUUUAUCAUUAUUUUUAGAUCAUUGGAUAUAGAGAUGCAUAUAUCCAUUACGCAACUAAAUUUAGAACCCUUCAUUUGACACAAUGAUAAUUCAAUGUCUCAAAACCUCGAUAUUAUAACAUGGUAUAAUUAGAAAAAUUG